ACCAAAACGAAGAGUAUUCGAGGCGUCGUUAUGGAAUUGGGGCUUUCGCACAAGGAAAGGAAAGGUUAGAGCAUACGGAUAGGGUUUCGAGGCGUGAUAGGCGUCGUUAUCGAAAUGAAGAGUAUUCGAGGCGUCGUUAUGGAAUUGGGGCUUUCGCGCAAGGAAAGGAAGGGUUACAGCAUAUAGAUAGGGUUUCGAGGCAUGACAGGCGUCGUUAUCAAAAUGAAGAGUAUUUGAGUCGUCGUUAUGAAUGAAGAGUAUUCGAGGCGUCAUUAUCGAAACCAUGAAGAUUUUAGUAGUAUGGGUUCGAUGUUUGACCUUGGGAGCUUGUUGAUAUGGAUCUAGGUUUUCCCAUUGUAGGUUUUGUGCAAGGAAAGGAAGCAUCAAAAGUGCCUUUUGAUCCAAAAAGCAUGAUCACUUGGCCAGCGUUGAAAGAUAGAAACAUUAAUAAAGAUGAUCACUCGUACAACAUUGGGGACGCCAUGUGAAUCUUGAAAUGGGUCUUGGACAAAAUGCGCGAAACUAGUGUAAUGCUAAAGGAGGAACAUUUUCUUUUAGCAAAAUAUUGUCGAUUUACACCCCAAGAGCAUAUGCAUUACCUUAGGAGGAUGAAGGAGAGUGACGGGUUUGAUAUCGAGGGUUUUCUUGAUAAUAUUGAUCCUUGGGAUAUGUCUAUUAGACCAAUGAAGCUUCACUUGUUCCCCCCUGAUAAUGUGAUAUGGAAGAGCCUCGAAGAUUACUCAAAGGUUGCUCUUGACAAGUACAAGCAGCAUACCAGGGCAACAAAGUACCAGUUUGCAUUGUUGCUCAAGGCAAACUGUCGCAGUGGUUGCCCUUUAGUGUAUUAUAUUACCUUUCAGGACCAUGAUGUGGCUCGUUCUCAUAACAAGAAUUUCCAAGCUUGCUUAACUAUUAUUCUGAAUGAGACAGUGGUCCCUUUAUGUAGGCCUAAACCGUAGUUCUAACUACUUGAAAGGA